GCGCCGUGAGGACGCGGCUGCUCGCAGCAUGGCUGUCCCCGCUAAGCGCGUGCGGGUAAGUGGCGGGUCGCCCCUCGCCGCGCCCUGCUCCUCCCCGAGCGCUGCCCGCGCGCCCCUGCCGCUCCCCGCGGGGCCCAGCGGCGGCGAGCCCGAGGGCGACGCGGUGGCCGGCUUCCUGCGCUGGUGCACGCGAGUGGGACUGGAGCUGAGUCCUAAGGUGGCGGUGAGCCGGCAGGGCACGGUGGCCGGCUAUGGCAUGGUGGCGCGGGAGAGCGUGCAGCCCGGGGAGCUGCUGUUCGCGGUGCCGCGCUCCGCGCUUCUGUCUCCCCACACCUGUUCCAUCAGCGGCCUGCUGGAGCGAGAGCGAGGCGCACUGCAGAGCCUGUCUGGGUGGGUGCCGCUGCUGCUGGCGCUGCUCCACGAGCUACAGGCCCCAGCCUCACCUUGGAGCCCCUACUUCGCGCUCUGGCCAGAGCUGGGGCGUUUGGAGCACCCCAUGUUUUGGCCCGAGGAAGAGCGGCUGCGCCUCCUAAAGGGUACAGGUGUCCCCGAGGCCGUGGAGAAGGAUUUGGUGAACAUCCGUAGCGAAUACGAUUCCAUCGUCCUGCCCUUCAUGGAGGCUCACUCCGAUCUCUUCAGCCCCACUGUUCGCUCCCUGGAACUCUAUCGCCAGCUCGUGGCCAUUGUGAUGGCUUAUAGCUUUCAAGAACCGCUGGAGGAAGACGAUGAUGAAAAGGAGCCCAACUCCCCCUUGAUGGUGCCUGCUGCAGACAUACUAAACCACAUAGCCAAUCAUAAUGCCAAUCUAGAGUACUCUGCAGAUUAUCUCCGGAUGGUGGCUACUCAGCCCAUUCUUGAAGGUCGUGAAAUCUUCAACACAUAUGGACAAAUGGCUAACUGGCAACUGAUUCAUAUGUAUGGUUUUGCUGAGCCCUAUCCUAACAACACAGAUGACACAGCUGACAUUCAGAUGGUGACAGUCCGAGAUGCUGCACUGCAGGGAACAAAGAAUGAAACUGAAAAGCUGCAAUUGCAUGAACGCUGGGAUUUCUUGUGCAAACAGGAGAUGGUAGGGGAAGAGGGAGCCUUUGUGAUAGGCUGUGAGGAGGUGCUGACUGAAGAGGAGCUAGCCACCACACUUAAGGUACUGUGCAUGCCUGCUGAGGAAUUCAGAGACUACAAAGAGCGGGCCGGAUGGGGAGAGGAAGAGACUGAAGAGGACAGUCUGGCAAUCACAAAUAUCCCCAAGCUCCCAGAAUCCUGGAAACGGCUUCUUCGAGAGAGUGUUCUGUUAACCUUACAGACCUAUGUCUCAGACUUAAAAACUGAGCAAGAUUUACUCAGUAAUAAGGAGGUCUAUGCCAAGCUGAGCUGGCGUGAACAGCAAGCCUUACAGGUCCGCUACGGUCAGAAGAUGAUCUUAAAUCGGUUGUUGGAACUCACAAGUUAAUAAAUAAGCAGGUUUCCUGAGAA